AUGUCAUACAAUGGUUUUAUCAAGUUGCAUGACCACAUGAAGAUCUUCGGAGGCUAUUUCAGAUUUACUGCGAUACUUGGCUUGGGAGCAGCACGCGCGGUGUUCUAUGGCCUACAGCCGGUCGACAGUGUCCAGGAACCUUUUUUCAAUUCUUCCGCGACUUACGCGCUUCUUGCCAUGAUGAUCCUGGAAGUGGUUGAAGAUGCUGUGGUCCUUUGGGAGCUUCUUCCCAUGGCACCGGUUCCGCGUGAGGUUCUCAACCUGCAUCAUGGUCAUGGACGAUCCAUGGCGGUCAGAGGAGAUAUCCCGCUCUGGGAGCAAGACCAAGUCGGGUUUCCUCUCGAUCAGUGCGGGAGCCUUCGAACCUGUGGAGCUCAUCGAAACACGUGCGACUUCGACUGGAGCCAGAGGUUUGAAGAGCUCUUGGAGCCUGUGAAUCCGUUUCGUUGGGUCCUGCGCAGGACACUCACUACGGCCGGCUGCGCCGAAAGUGCGGACAGCUUCGAUCUCUGA